GCGGCCAUGUACCAGCGAAACGUGAGCCCAACCGUGGGCGUGCUGCGGCGCACACUCGCGGCCGACGCCGCUGCGACACGGCAGAGCCCAUCGCGGCCCUUCAGCGUGUCUGCACGCCGCCUGGAGGAGUCGAGCGACGCACCCUCCGCUCCCGCAGCAGCAAGCCCGCCCAACCGCCGCGCUCGCAAUGCCGCCGCCCUCAGCCAGAUCACGCGCCUCGGUGCCAACCGCCGCAGCGCGCCCGGCGGCCUCGCCAAGGGCAUCUUCCCCAGCGGCCAAACCGACGGCCAGCCCGGCGGCCAGCCCGGCGGCCAGCUCGCACGCGGCCCUCCCCGCGCCCGCCCCGAGGGCAGCCUGAACAUCACCCGCGAGCCCUCGGGCCCCGACGGGCCCCGCAGCGCACCCCCUCCCGGCGCCAUGGCGCGCGCGCCCGCACGACUCAAGCUCUCCUCCGCGCCGCGCACCGGCAACGCCUCUGUCGGCGGCCGCCGCGGCCCCAACCUGCGCGGCCGCGACGCCAAGCCCGCGGGCAACAGCGACAAGGGCGGCCCGCGCAAGCGCGAGCGCACCGACAAAGCCGACGAAGAGGUGCUGGAACCCGGCGGCUCGUCCGCGGCCGACGUGCUGUCCGACGGCAUGGUCAGGCACCUGCUGCGCAUGCAGCGCUCCGAGUGGGACCGCAAGGCGUACGUGCCCAAGUACGCGCCGGGCAGCCUGGCCGCGAACCGGCUGAUCCACGCCGGCCGCGAGCUGAUGCGGGGCGAGUCGGCGCCGAUCAAGAUCUGGGGCGCCCUGGAGCGGCGGAUUGGCGUCGUCGGCAUGCACGGCGCCGAGGCGCAUUUGAAGAUCAGGCGCGUGCCCAUGGAGAACGACGACAGGUUGGGCGAGAGGCGGAGGUACUUCGAGACGGGCAACGUCGAUAUCGAGGUCAAGGCGCUGCCGAGCAAAGCUGCGCCUGCUGCUGAUGUGCAGGCAGCCGCACAGGCAGCAGCUAGCGCGCCUGCCCCGGAGCAGCCUGUUGCGCAAUAGGAGCGUGUGGUGUAAGUUAGUGUAGAGAUGCAGUAAAUGUACCAUCAACUCUGAAUUCACGCGAUAUCAGUCAUGGCAAGUAGAGGUCACGCUAUGCCACAC